AUAUGUUGUUGUACAAGAGAAGAAUGAGUGAUUUAGAGUGUCAGUAUUGCUCCACUCAGUACAGGAACCCAAAGCUUCUCUCCUGUGGACAUACCUACUGCUCAAAAUGCAUUGAACAUUUGGUAGUUACCAAUGAAGUCACCACAGAGGCCCUCUAUGAGACGUUGGGUUCAGAGGUCACCCUAAAGUGUCCUCAGUGUGCGUGUGAGUGUAGCAAGUGUCUGGUUACUACUGACUACACAACAUUGGCAGCCAUAGAAGAGCACACAUGGAGAUUGUGUAUGGCGCACAAGAGUGCCUCGUGUGGUGUGUGUGAGGGUGUGGGACAAGUGGAGACCUUCUGUAGUACGUGUGAGUCGUUCCUAUGCUCCCUAUGCACAGCAGCUCAUAAACGAAUGAGCACUUUUACCCAACAUGACCUUUCUCUCCCUGACCUAUCAACUCUGACCUUUAACCCCAAGCCGAGGGCAGUAUUUUGUCAGAAUCAUUCGAGCGUGGCUGUGAACAUGUUUUGCCUGACUUGCGAGGAGCUUAUCUGUAACGAGUGUAUGUGUACCCCUCUACAAGGACCUGUACAGACAUCACAUGGGAGUCAUGAGGUACACCCAAUCACAGACAAAUCACUCAAACUAUUCACGGACAAGAUUCAACAUCUCGUUACACGCGCUAAGAAACUGCAGGAGAGUUUAGAUCAAGAUAUGUGUGUGCUUAAGUCCCAAGAGGAGAGGGUCAAAGUUCACCCUGAGAAGUUGAAGAAAGCAGUGAAUGAAACGGUUGAUUCGUGGAUUGCAGCGAUUGACAAAACGCGUCAAGAAGCACUAAAUGAAAUAGAUGAGGACUAUAGGACCACCCUGGGUCAGUGCCAUGACCAGAGCCUACUGAUAGCUGACAGAAUGAAGAGCUUAGAGUCGGGAUUAAGGUUUACAAGCAAAGCUAUGGAGUGUGAGGGGAAGAGUACCAAGUAUUCAAUGUUGGCUCAAGCACAAAGAUUGUUAGCCUCUCCAGUCAAGUAUCCUCGUUCUGUUGACACACCCACUUCCUGUUCCUUCUACCAGGUCAAGACGCCCAGACGAGAGUCGACAUGUCUGAGCUUGUUAGUGAGCAGAGAGCAGGCUAUGAAUAUCAAUAGAAUCCACUGUGUUGAGCUUGGGAAGAGAAGCAGUUUGGAGGUCAGCUUCAAGUACAAGCCAUCUGAGCCACCUUUGUUUCGAUUGACGUACAUUGGGAGAACUAAACGUUUCAUGUCACUGUCUAGUUGUGUUCGUAAAGACUCUAAUGUGUGGGAGGUGGUGUUUACUCCAGGCUGUAUAGGUCGCUAUCAACUGGAGGCACAAGUGUUUGGCAAGUGGAUAUCCUCACAGCCGUUCAGUACCUCCCCUCUCUCCCAACUAGCUGCGGGGGAUUGUGUUAGAGUUAGUCCCGACGCUUCCGCUGACCUGCUGCUCUGUAAGCCUGUAGAGUGUGAGACUGGCAGGAUAAAGACAGUACAGUACAGCAGCAGUGGCUCAGGACGUACUAUCAACUACUGCUUUGAGAUAUCGUGGGGAACUAUUGAAACUAUUGAUAGGCACUUUAAAUUCUCUCAUCUUAGGAACUCUUACAAUCCCUUUCCUUUAGAACUUGCUUUGUAAAGUGUUUCCGUGUGUGUGUGUGCUUUGAGAUAUCGUGGGGAACUAUUGAAACUAUUGACAGGCACUUUAAAUUCUCUCAUCUUAGGAACUCUUACAAUCGUGUUUUCGUGUGUGUGUGUGUGUGUACUUUGUAUGUUUUUGUUGUGUGAAGCCUUCUACAAAUGAUGCAUGUGUGGGCGGUACAUUGUGUACAUAGAGCAAUGAAACAAUACUAAGUGUUCAAUAUGUCCCUUGGAAAGGGUCCUGCACUAAUCAUUCUACAGACUCAGGGUGACAUACAGAAUUUUGAAGCAAAGGGGGGAAAUAAA